GCCUACCGGUGCCUCUGAUAUGCAUUUCAAAACGGUAUGGUAUCCAGCUUCAUUCUAUUGCAAUGCUGACUGAUUUUCAAUGCCCCUCCAUUUCGGGCCGCUCCGCUUUUUUUUCAUACGAGAAGAGAUUUUUUCAAGCUCUCUGGAUACAUUAGUUCUGUCCGCUGGCGUGGAAGUCACCCUUGGCGACCAAUGCAGAGCAAAAGUGCGAUCAAUUUCUGAAAAUUCGAAAGAAGUGCAAGCAGAUUGACGAUCUCGUCAACCUGCAAUUCUACCUUCGUAAAGAACAAAGUACUACAGAAAUACUACACAAGUAUAAAUUAAAGAGAUGCUGCUCAAGAAAUACUAGGCACCACGAAGGUGCCCGUCUUACUCCUUCCACUCCCUCCGACUGAAUGCAUGUGCAGAGAAUG